ACGACAAAUUUAUAUAUUUACGCGAUCUAACCAAAAAACCUCUAAUGGAUAUUGGUCGCGAAAGCCUCCUACUUGUUAAACUCGUGCCCUUUUACUCUCUCCGUCCUCAGCCAAUGAGCGAGUGCUAUUGUACUCGAGUUGUCCAAUGAAUACUUUCCUCGAACACGGGGGAGGGGGGGAGUCAAGUAAAUUAUUGGAUUGUACCAUUCAAAUACGGGGAGAGGGGGAAGUGAGUCACAGAUUGGACUGCACCACUCACACUGGGAGAGGGGGGGGGUAGUCAAGGCAAUGAUUGGGUUAUACCAUUAACACUGGGAGAGGAGGGAGUCAAGUCAGAUUGGACUACAACACUCACACUGGGAGAGGGGGGGGGGGUAGUCAAGGCAAUGAUUGGGUUAUACCAUUCACACGGGGAGAGGAGGGAGUCAAGUCACAGAUUGGUCUGCAGCACUCACACGGGGAGAGGAGGGAAUCAAAUCACAGAUUCGACUGCACCACUCAGAAGGGGAGAGGGGGAAGUCAAGUCACAAAUUGGACUGCACUACACGGGCAGACGGGUAGGGGAAUUUAAGCCAAAGAUCGGACUGCACCACUCGCACACGGGGAGAUGGGGGUGUCUAGUCAGAGAUUGGACUCAACCACCAGGCGCAAACUAUCGCUCCCACCCUGUCUCCCAGAGCUGCCAAGUUCACAAUAUCAGGUCGCACCAUGCACUGGGAUCCAUGACAGAUGAAAAGGCCUCAAUCUCAAUCAGAUUCGCCCGCACGAGAGCAGCGUUGGAUGCGGAGAAGGCGGCUUUAGAGCAAGCAGAGCAAAAAGGGCGCGAGCUGCUGUCCCAGAUUGAGAAGAAAAUCGCUCACUACCAGCACGAGAUCAGCGAGCUCCAGGCAGCAGCCACUCGCCUGCAGGCCCUAGCACAGGAGAGGGACUCGCUCGCGUUCCUGCAGGGGUACCUGGAGGAGACGUGCAGGACAGGGAGGGUUACAGCAGCUCCACCCUCAGCUCCCAGCCAAGAGGACAUUGCCUCGCUUAAAGUCCUGCAGACAACUGCAGUCAAACUCCUGCGUGAGUUCUUCAGUGUGCAACAUGGGUGUUGGGGCACUCUUCACAAUAAAUGAUCACCGUGUGUGUGUGUGCAUGAGGUCGAAUCAGCCUCAAAUUAUUACCUGGUGUUGUGUGUAAACAUCAUUAGUGGAGGAUCGAUGUGGCCCUGCCACGCUCGCAGACGCUGCUCUGAGCCAACUAUCAUGUACUCUGUCUUGUCCAAGUUUAGCUACAGACAGUUUUGCUUCAGACAAGCAUUCUGAAAGAGUAGAGAUCGCAGCGCCUGGAUCUGACGUACAAUGAAAACGAAUUUCUUUAGAACAUAUUGUUGUGUUUAGGUUGUUGUCCUCAUACAGCACCUCCGAUUAGCAUGGUUGGCUAUGUACGAUGCGAAAGAAGUUCAACAUACAUACAUAGAAUCUGAAUCAGUAUCUUUACACUGGAGGUGGAAUGCAAUGAGUUAUGAAGCUCUUUUUCAAAGAUGUCCAGUAGGGGCGGGUCAGAAAGUUACAAUAACAGUCCAGACAACCGAACAGAGGAUAAAAUAUAGGAAAGGUUUGCAAAUCACUGAAGCUAGAUCAAUACUAAUUAAACAAAGUAUAUAACUACAAUUUACAAUCGUAUAUUACUUCCUAUCGAAUUUUCAACACUAAAUGCAAGCGUGGGCAAGGCAGCAACACAACAGUCCCAGAUCACACCAAGACAACACGGAGUGUCUCGAACUCUGGGCCGCCAGGGCGAGCCUAUAGCUCCAUCGUAUAGCUUCAGACGCACCACGGAGGGCCUCAACCUCCGGGCCGUCAGGUCAAACCAUCAUUCAUAGCAUGACGGGAACACACUCUCGUUAUAGACACUCAACACUUACUGGGCCAUCCUGGUCAGGAUCUGCACCCCAAGAGAUUUGACAGCCAGCACAAUACCAAAUCAAUGGCAUGUCACCAUCGCCAAUGUCGAACAGGCACGCACAAUCUGCGAUGAUCUCAAAUACCCAACGGUCACCACAAUACGCUUCACAUCCCGCAUCAGGACCCAUUAUGUCAGAUACUCGCAUUGCAGCACACAGCUGUACCAACCGAGUUGAGAGCAAAACAACUAUACACAAUCCCACGAAUUGCCGAAUGAGGUAAUACAGUACACGCAGCAUAUACAGUCUAUACCUUGGCAACAAUAACGAUCAAAGUUCCAUACGGUCUGUACCUUGGUGACAAUAAUGGUUUUAUGGAUGAACAGGGCCCAAUGUAGAUUUCGUUUUGCAUCAAGUGAUAUGAAAUUGGAUUUUAAGUCGAGGUCACAGUGGAUGCUGCAUGGUUACAUCUCCAUAUAUAUGUAGUGUUCGAUUUCACUUGGACAACUUCUGUCUUUCUUCGAACACCACUUUAUUUACAA